AUGUCAAGAGAUAUAUACGAAGAAAAUAUUGCUAGACUGCCGAAGGCUUUACAGCCUCUUGCACAAUUCAUGGUUACGCCGUUGGUAGAUCCACGAAAACAAAAAGAGUCGAUACUCGCAAACCCAUUUGCUUUCUUUACUUUUCUUACUAAGAAAAAAGUUCAACCAAAAGUUUUUAUGUCCUUUAAAAAUUUUAAUGACAUAUCAAUCGAAUUUCUUGCAAUGAUUUGUAAACACCUUGAACCAAAUGAUAUCUUUAUGUUAUCAGGGGUUUGCAAGAAUUUACGAACUCUUUUGUUGGAUCUUGAAUCCCCAGCGACGCAGGAAAUUUGGAGAAACUCAAGGCUUGAGUACUGCCCAUUUUUACAAUUAUCCCCUCCCAAAGGGAUGCAGGAACAAGAAUAUAUUUCACUUUGCUCAACAGAGAGAGGAUGUCAAUUCUGUGGUCAGAGAAAACAAUGGGUAAAAGUCUAUUGGCAAUUUAGAGUCAGAGCUUGUUAUGAAUGUUAUCUACCAAGAUUUGUCCGAAAUUCACAUAGCAAGCAUACUAAAAAUUUCCAAAAUACUUAUGAUAAAGAGGAAAUUAAAUUGCGUGAACAUUAUGACCGUCGAAGAUUAGAACACACAAUCAGCUUUAGAAAGGAACGACUUCAAGAGAUAAUUGAAGAGCUUGAGGCUGAACGAAAAGAAUCGUCAGAUGAUGAAAGUAUUCACUCGAACUCAUCAAACUCAUCAUCUAAGUAUGACGCACAACUUCUCAGAAAAUGUCCAAUAAUUUCUGCAGAAUGGAAAAAGUUCGAUCAACCAUUUACAAAUAGAGAUCAGUUAAGGUUCCGAAGAAAGCUUGAUUACGAGUAUCAGAUCUUAGCCAAACAUUAUGUUUCAUAA